GCCCCGUCCCAGGUCCCAGCCGAGCCCAGGCCUGUGUGGCAACGUCUCUUCGAGCCUCCUGGUCACCGCCCUGCGCUCCCGCUGCUUUCCGCGUGGAGCCGGGGCCCUCUGCCGCGGCCGCCGGGCCGUCCAGGGCCCCCAGCGAGCCUCUCCACCCGCCCCUCGGCCUUCACAGCCCUGCCGGCCCGACGGGGGCCUCGCCUCAGCUCCCGGGGCCUGUCCACACGUGUCCUGUGAGCACGUGGACGCCUGCCCUCCUGCCCCAGGAGCCCCACCCCUCCUGCUCCUGCACGUUGCCCAGCCGGGGGACGUGCCCCUCUCCGCACGCAGCUGGGCCAGGCUGACCAGAGGGGUCGGGGCGGGGCCGUGUGCAGUGACCUGGGGAACCCUCCAGGCCCCUUCCCCUGGGGAUGGGAAGUGGGGGACACCUGGGUGCCACUGGGCAGAGCUGCCACCUGGCCCCGGGGAAACCUGCUGGGACACUGCUGUCUCUCGAAGGCGCACUGCCCCUCUGACCUCACUGGGGAGAGGCCCAGCCCGAAGUGCCCAGGUCGCACACUCGGGGGGUCCGGGGGCCCGUGGCGGGUGAAGAGCCUGCACAUCAGACAGGACUGGUUGGAAGGCGGCCCCACCGGCCUCACCCAGCAGCACCACGACCUCAGUGCCCUCUCCUUCGCCUGUCUCCUUUUGGGGGUCGGCACCCCCAAACUGUGGUCUGGAAAGCGGCCACACCCCAGCCCAGAGCGGCCGGCCUCGCCGCACGCACGCUGGCCUGCCCGCACCUGCCCUCAGGCAGGGCAGGCUCUUCUCCCACCCUGGGCGGUGACUCAGCAGGAGCCCGUUGCCUGGUGCUGACCUCCGACCUCUGACCCCAGCCUGACAAAGUGUCCCAGGCCCUCGGGGACUUCCAGAUCGUGGGUCUGAUUUUUUCCUCGCAGCAGUAGGGAGGGCGGGGACCCGGAGUCGAGUAUGGCGGGGUGAGGGGGGCAGGAGGAGGGUCCCUGAGGGAAGAACUGGGGGACAUUCGGACCCGGAGGUGGACGGGGAGGGAUUCGCCGGAUGGGCGAGCGGCCUGCAGUGCUGCAGUUUUCGGGGUGCGCACCGCAGGGAGUCAGCGCCACCCAGGCAGUCGUCGGCUGCCCGGCGCCGUGUUCCCUUCACCGGCCCCAGCCCAGGGACGUGCGCGCGCGAGAGAACGGGCCGUGGGCCCUCCCUGGACUACAGGCCUUCCUGACCCUGGUGCGCCGGGAGCGGGAGGCGGCCCGCCGCCAGCGGGAGGAGGAGGCGAAGGCCGAGCAGCGGCGGCAGGAGGAGCGGCAGCGCCAGGCGCGCCUGCUGGACGCGGCCUUCGACGGCAACCUGGGCGAGAUCACCGCCAUCCUGCGGGAGGUGGAGGAGCUGCUGACCCGCGAGGGCGUGGGCCGCGACGAGGCGGGCCUGGUGCGGCGGCGGCAGCAGCGCGUGGCGCUGCUGGAGUUCGAGGACGCCCGUGGGAACACACCGAUGUCCGAGGCGGCGGCGGGCGGGCAGCCCCUGGCGAUCAGGCUGCUGGCGGAGCAGGGCGCCAGCCCCAACUGCAAGGUGGGCGCGGGGGCCGCGGGCAGCAGGCGCGGCUCCGGGGCGGCCCGGCUCAGGGCACCCCUCCCGCAGGGCGCCUUCGGCCAGACGCCGCUGUACCGAGCCGCCUUCGGCGGCCACCUGGAGGCUGUGGAGGUGCUUCUGGAGCUCGGAGCAGACCCCCGCGUGUACGCGGACGACGGGAGCACCCCGGAGCAGGUGGCCUCGCUGGACGCCGUGGCCGGCACGCUGCGGUCCUGGGACCUGAGCCUCACGGAGGCCAUGCUCCGGAACAUGGAGGCUGAGCAGCAGCGCCGGGCCCAGGAGGCCGAGCGGCACAGGGAGGCGGAGGCCCAGCGCAUGAACCUCAAGGUGCAGCAGCUGGCGAAGGAACAGCAGCAGCGCCACAAGGAACUGCAGCAGGCCUACUGCGAGCUGAACCGCAGGAUCACAGAGCACGACAAGUGUGAGCAGAGGCGUGCGGGCCUGGCUGAGCUCACGCUGCAGGCCAUCAAGGACGCAGAGGCCCAAGUGGACAGGCUGCGGCAGGAGGCCCAGAAGGCCGAAGAGACCCUGGCCCUGGCCAGACUAGAGCUGCGGGAGCAGACUCAGCAGGGGGAGGAGGAGCCCCCGGGGCUGGCGUGCCAGGUCGCCGAGCUGCACGACGUGCUGAUGAGGGACGUGGGCGGCCGCCUCCGCGCCGACGGCCGGUGGCCUCUCAUCAUCGACCCUUCCGGCCAGGCGGCUACCUUCUUGCGCUACCAGGACACCAACUAUCUGGACACCUUGAACCCGGACCACCUGCAGCCGGAGCGGGUCCGGCUGGCGCUGCUGGGAGCACUCAGGUACGGGAAGCCGCUGGUGUUUGACCUGCGGGAGGUGGACCUGUUCCCGGUGGUGCAGCAGCAGCUGGAGGCAGUGCAGCCGGACCUGGCACAGGAGCUGCUGAGCCGCCGGCUGCUGCAGGAGGACAGGUACCUGUCUCUGCUCCGGCCCGAGGACGGGCUGGAGUACGGCCCCACCCAGUUCCAGGAGGCGCGCCUGGAGCAGUUCCGCCUCUUCUUCGUCACCAAGGUCCGGUGGCCCCCUGCCGAGCAGCUGCAGGUCCUGCUCCCCGUGCGAGUGCAGCUGCCCAGUGGGGGCCAGUAGCGCCGGGCACCAAUAAAGCGAAGCCCUGGGUCGG